UUCAUAAAUAAGUCUUAUUAUUCCUUACAUAAGACUACUUGUUACAUUUUGCCCUUCAUUUAACUAAAUAGAAAUUGCUCUAAAUAGGAGCAAAAAUGUUUUGAAAUUCUAAAAUAGGAGUAUCAUGUUUUUUAUUCCUGAAUAGGAGUAAUCUGCCAAGUUUGGGAAAAAAUGUCAUGUUUUAAAGCCUAAUAAUGCCAAACUUGGCAGAAAUUUACUCUUAUUCAAAGAAUAAAAGACAUGAUACUCCUAUUUUGGAAUUUCAAAACUUUUAUACUCCUGUAUAGGGAAUUCUCUCUUAACUAAAUCCUCGAAUAUGUCGUUGACUCCAACAUCCAGAUGCGCAGAUGCCAUCUGCGAUGAAGAAUUCCCAGAUGCCCAGAAACCAUCCGCUAUUUUCCGAUCUUCCAAAGCCAUAUUGUCCGAUGAAGCCGGUUUGGAUUGUUCUCCUUCCGGUCCUUGAACUUCUGAGGUUGACCAUCCAUCAGACCCUUCAUAUGACUCACCAAUAACUUGUAUGAACGAAGUGACCACGGACACUUCUUGAAUUCCUCUAAAUCAUUCACCAGUCUGAUAGAGGAUGCAUUUAUCCUCGUAGUGUUGUCCUUAGCAAGCAACACACACUCAAUAUAGAACAAGGAGGCCAACUUUACAGCAUCCAUCUGAUCACGACGUUUGGAAAGUUUCAGUUUCUCAAAUUUGUUCUUCAAAUUGACGUGUGUAAUGUCGACUGAGCCACCUAAAUACUUCUUAGCAAUGGCCCUACUGGUUCAGCUUCAUCGCCAGAUUCUUGUCCUGAAACAUCACCUGCAGCUGCUACUGGUUCAGCACCCGCUGGUAAUCCACUUAUGCGGCAAAAAUCCACAUAAGUAAACUUAUACAGUGUACCCCCAAUGGCAAACCACAGCUCCUCAUCAGGUUGCUCCUGCACAAGGUGUAAGGCCAGCAUGUGAAAGACUUGGCCAGAGAAUUGUGUGGGUGGGAUGUCAAUAAGAUGGCCCCAUGGUAAAGCGCGAAAAAUUUCUAUUUCUGUUGCAGAUAAGCUGCUUUGUACCCAUUUGGCAGCAUUUCUAAAGUUUGAACACACCGAAUACUGGGCAGGGAAGUAGUCAUGACUGGGAAUGCGUAACUUCAGGGCUCUGGCAGUUGGAAGAACAAUAAAUUAUUAGGGCAGACAGACAAAAGAUGUGGAGAGGAUGAGCGGCCUCUGGACGAGUUGCUCGUUUUGCAGCUUGGAGUAGAACACGGCAAUACGAGCAGUAGCCUAUAUUCGGCCUCUAGAGUUUCUGCAAACUUGUUUGAUUAUGAAGAAAAAAGAUGCAAGAAGCAGAAACAUUGCAUCCCAAGAGAAGAAGAAUGUUAAUGGAUCCUGAAAUGGAGGCAGAUGAUCUUUCCUUCUCACGUUCUCAACGCUCAUCAUCUUCUUCUUCUCAGUCCGAUCAAGAGCCAACGAGCGCCUUGAAGCUCAGCCCAGCUGGCCCAACCACCACUGCUGCUGCUCCUGAACAUCAGUUUCCUUUGUUUCAUAAGCAUAGCUUCUCACCUAAGACUACCCAAACUAACCUCGUUAAGAGAGUUGGAACUGAGCAUCAUAUUACGCUACCCUCGAGUCAUAUUAACGGGUUUAACCGCGUGUUAUUCCCUAUAACCGAGAGCAAACCUGUGGAGACCAGGCAGAACCCAAGCUUGGUAAGUAACAAUUUUUAAUAUAAAGGGUCAUUUCGGAUGCGUAAAUGGGAAAUAUGCAUUACGAAUAACUGCCACGGUUAACGGGAAGGUCUUCAGAGGCGUCCUCUUUGCCACGGGAUGAUGAUGAUGAUGAUGACCUAAUACCGAGUCGCGGGGCCCGUCUCGGUGGUAACCACUGCUCACUACACCCGUCCCCAGUCGCUUUCAAUCACGCAAGCAAUACACGUGUGAAAAUUGCCAAUUUUUCUUCUAGGAGUCAACCUCUGCUGGCAGUACAAAUGCCAAGUGAUCAAGACCUUUAUCAGAGGUUUCGGAGAGUUCCAGGGGGUGUUUGACUGAUAAGUGUAGGAUUGUAACAUUUGAUUCCAAAUAAGGCAACUUUUUCCUGGUUUUCUCUAAUAGCUUAUACAAAUUCCUUCAUCAACUUGGGAUUAAAUUGUGAACCCUAACAUGUAAAUCCCAGCUAAGCUAAACUACUUUAAUUUCUUGAUUCGAUCAUCUCUCGUUUGUUAUUACUACUACACCAUUUUCUAAU